AUGUCGUCUGGGUUCGGCUUGACUGGAGGCCCCGGCCGCUGCUUUCCCUUCUGGCAGGAGAUGCUCGCCUGCUACGUCGUAAACACAAACUCCGAGGACGGCUCGGGCAAGAAGAAGUGCGCUCCCAUGCUCGAGGACUACUACGAGUGCCUACACCACCGCAAAGAGGUAUCCAACCCUGUUCCCAAAGAAGGUGCCUCUGUUCUGACCAGCAACCGCGAAACAGNNGCCGCUCGCGUCCACGCCCUUCAAUCCGCAUACCGCAAGCACCUCGCCGCAAACCCCAGAGACGACGCCCCUUCGGCCGGCCAAAUAAGGAGUCUGGGCCUGAUCGAGGGCGACCUGCACGAGAAGGACAUGAAGGCCGCUGCCCUGCUCCCUCACGUCAAGACCAACUAA